AUGUCAUCCUCAGGGGAGCAACAUAUCAUAAACGCCCUUCAGUCCAACUGGGUAUGGCCGAGGAACUGGGUCGACACAUCGGCUCAGAACACAGCCGCCCGCAUCGUCACCUUCACCCGAGAAAUCACCCUCGAUGCGUCGCCGGCAAGAGCCCUGCUGCACUUCUCAGCCGACACGCGAUACAAGCUCCUGAUCAAUGGUGUUCGGGUCGCCGUAGGACCAGCUCGGAGCAGUCCUCUGAUCUGGUACUAUGACACUGUCGACAUUGCGUCGCACCUCAAGCCGGGACGCAAUCUGAUGAGCUUCGUCGUCAUUCGGUACUUCUCGGGUUCGCGGGGUGGGAUGCCAUUCGAGAGGACGACGUUUCCUGGUUUGACCGUGGUGGGGACCGUUGACACGGGCUCGCAGGUUAUUUCACUUCAUUCGAGCGAGGACGGCUGGCUGGCACAGCUUGACAACACCACCACAUUCCCCAUGGGGCUUGUUGACGAUGCGUUCUUACAUAUCAACGAGCACGUUUCUCUGUCGCAAAAGCAACAAGAAGCUGCGGAGCCGCCAAAUGCAUACAGCAUCAAGACUUUGAACGGCGAGCUUCCACCCUGGCGUCUCCACCCGCGUGAGAUCCCAAUGCCGGAAGAGACGCCUGUUUCGGUAUCCACUGUUCGUAAAUCUCAGGGUCCUCUCACCUUGAAAGAAUGGAGUGCGUUUCUCUCGGGAAAUGGGAGCAGUUCGCUGCGUCUUGCAUCCAACUCGAUGCACACGAUCGAGGUCCAAGCAGAUGUCCACUCGACAGCCUUUCUACGGUGGUCCUUUAAGGCUACGCAGGAUAGCCGCAUCAGCUUCAAGAUAACAUACUCGGAAGGCUAUGAGGCGAACCCCCGGUCAUACCCGUUUUUCCGCACCAAGAAUGAUCGCCUGGAUGCCGAUACUGGUCACCUCAUCGGACCGUUUGAUGAGGUCUCCCUGGAGCUCCCAGCGUCGCAGGCUGUGACUUACGAGCCUUUCUGGUUCCGAACAUUCCGCAUCAUGAGAUGGGAGUUUACGACUGGUUCGCAAGAUGUCGAAAUUCUGUCCUUUGACGCAGCUCAGACCAACUAUCCGCUCGGCGUCAAAGCCAGCUGGCAGUCUGAUCGGGACAAGUAUACCGAGGAUGUAUGGGAUGUGUCCAUUCGGACUCUGAGAAACUGUAUGUUUGACGGGUAUUCCGACUGCCCAUUUUAUGAACAGCUCAUGUAUUCGGGAGAUUCUCGCUCUGUCUGUCUAUUCCACUACCUGCUCUCGGGCGACGACCGGCUAGCCAGACAAGCCAUCACCAACUUUGCCGCAUCAGUCACGACUGAAGGCUUGACGCAAUCGCGUUUUCCGUCCCACGUGCCACAGGUUAUUGCCGGCUUCUCGCUCUACUGGGUUCUCCAGGUGUGCGAUCACCACCUGUACUUUGGCGACAAAGCGUACUCCAGAUCAUUCUUACCGCGGAUCGACGGCAUCUUCGAGUUCUACGACUCUCACAUCGAUUCUCUGGGCCUCGUCAGCGGCUUGCCCGAGGACGUAUGGCAGUACGUCGACUGGGUAACUGCAUGGGGGGCGACAGAUGAGCAUCCGGACAAGGGGGUUCCCACGGCGGGUCGCAAGACAAACCGCCAUACUUUUUUCAGCCUGCUAUAUGCGCAUGCACUGCGUCGUGCAGCCGGUCUCGUGCGCGAUGUAGGCCGGCCGGGUCAUGCUGAAGAGUACGAAAACCGUGCCCAAUCUGUCGUCCAGGCGGCCCGACGCCACUGCUUCGACGGUAGAUUCUUCACCGACUCAACCACCGACCAAGGGGGCGCGUACUCCCAGCACUGCCAGGUCUUUGCGGUUCUCAGCAAUGCCGCCCUGGUUGAUGAGUAUCCCCGGCUGAUGAGGGAGUCGUUUCAAACCGAUGGCUUCUCCAAGUGUUCAUACGUCAUGAUGUUCUAUGCACUCCGGGCGUUUUCCCUCGCUGGCGACGACGUCUAUGAGGACGCGUGGCCGAGUACAUGGGUGCCGUGGCGCAAGAUGCUGGCGAAUAACCUUUCCACAUGGGAGGAGGAUGACGUGCGGCAGCGGUCCGACUGUCACGCAUGGGGUAGUGUACCCAUCUACGAGUAUUGCACUGAGCUUGCGGGCAUCCGGAUCCUAGCUCCCGGUGCGAAGAAGAUCAUGUUCAAGCCACGACUGGGCCUGUCGGAAGGGAUCAAGGCCACUGUGAUCCUGGGUAAAGGUAAUGCUGCCACGGUCUCGUGGGACGCGACCGCUGGAGGGGGACCCAAGAGAGUUGAGAUGCGGUUAGAGAAGGCCGUCGAGGUGCUGAGUCAGUUACCCGGGGAGCACGUAGUGGAGCAUGGAGUAGUGAGCUCUCUCAGUUUGAUGACAAAGUAG